ACGACGACAACCACCACGAGCACGGGCAACGGCAUCGCCACGCCGACGCCGACGCAGCCCAACAUGGUCGGCAACUGCGACAGCUUCUACUUUGUCGCCUCGGGCGACACGUGCGCCUCCAUCACGAGCAAGUCCGGCAUCUCGCUGUCGCAGUUCGUGGAGUGGAAUCCCAGCGUGGGCAACUCGUGCAGCGGGCUCUGGCUGAAUGCGUACGUGUGCAUCUCCAUCGUCGGGCACACGCCGACGACUCCGACGCCGACGCCGAUCCAGGAUGGGAUGACGAAGAGCUGUAAGACGUUCCACUUUGUGGUGUCGGGGAAUACGUGCGCGACUAUUGCUUCACAGUACGGGAUUAGCGUUGCGCAGUUUACGACUUGGAACCCGGCUGUUGGGUCGUCGUGUACUGGUUUGUGGGCCAAUACCUAUGCCUGCGUGGCUGUGUUGUAGUAAUUGGAUUGAAGAACGAGUUUUGUAUGUGGUGUGGUGUAUCUUGUUAUUAGGGAAUUCCUUAGUACAUACAUACUUUAAAAAGUAAAUCUUAAUGUUGCUUACUUUACUGAACAAAACAAUGCGUUCGUUGGCGAC